GAAAGAAUCUAAGGGCCAGGGUCGCUGAGCCCAAGAACCGGACCUCGACAGCAGAGCCGAGAGCCGAGCGCCGCGGGAACCGGCCGGGAGCCGGAGCCACUCAGGCACCUACUCGUCUGCCCAGUCGAUUGGCGCACGCAGAGUGGCCCUCAGGCCCCUGCCCGGGCCCAGUCCCUCCCCGGGCCCCCCAUGGCCCGGGCCGCAGCCCUCCGGCCGUUGAGAUUGUCGCCGCCGACGCUGCCGCUACUGCCGUUGCUGCUGCUCCUGGUCCGGGAAACCGGAGCCCAGGAUGUGCGAGUUCAGGUCGCUGCUGAGGUUCGGGGCAACUUGGGGGACACGGUAGAGCUCCCGUGCCACCUGCUGCCUUCAGCGCCUGAAAUCCGAGUGUCCCAGGUGACGUGGCUGCGCCUGGACGCGCCCGAAGGCAAACAGAACGUGGCCAUCUUCCACCCCCUGUAUGGUCGCAGCUUCCCCAGCCCGAAGCCCGGCAAGGAGCGGCUGUCCUUCGUCAAUACCGCGCCGAGCGCAGGGGCCGGGCAAGGCACGGAGCUGGAGGUGCGGGACGCCACGCUGUCCCUGCGGGGGCUGACGGUGGAGGACGAGGGCAACUACACUUGCGAGUUUGCCACGUUCCCCAAGGGCACCAGUCGGGGAGUCACCUGGCUCAGAGUCUUAGCCCAGCCCCAGAACCAUGCCGAGAAACAGGAGGUCACAUUCAAUCUGGAUCCUGUACCCGUGGCCCGCUGUGUCUCCGCGGGCGGCCGACCACCUGCCCGGGUCUCCUGGCUCUCACCCUUGGAUGGGGAGGCCAAAGAGACCCAGGGAUCGGGGCCCCUGCCUGGCACAGUCACCGUCACUAGUCGCUACACUGUGACACCCUUGAGCGAAGCAGAUGGGGUCAAGGUCAUCUGCAAAGUGGAACAUGAGAGCUUCCAGGAGCCCAAACUGCUGCCAGUGAUUCUCUCCGUGCGCUAUCCCCCCCAGGUCUCCAUAUCUGGCUAUGACGACAACUGGUACAUCGGCCGUAGUGAGGCCACCCUGAACUGUAAUGUCCGCAGCAAACCAGAGCCCACGGGCUACGACUGGAGCACGACUUCCGGUGUCUUCCCAGCCUCAGCAGUGGCCCAGGGCCCCAAGCUGAUCGUCCACUCAGUGGACCGGCUCUUCAACACCACUUUCAUCUGCACCGUCACCAACGCCGUGGGCACCGGCCGAGCCGAGCAGGUGGUCCUCGUUCGAGAGACACCCAACACAGCCGGAGCAGGGGCCACAGGGGGCAUCAUUGGGGGCAUCAUCGCUGCCAUCAUCGCUACUGCUGUGGCCGCCACGGGCAUCCUGAUCUGCAGGCAGCAGCGGAAGGAGCAGAGGCUGCAGGGGGCAGAGGAGGAGGAGGAACUGGAGGGACCGCCCUCAUACAAGCCACCGACCCCAAAGGCAAAGCUGGAGGAACCAGAGAUGCCCUCCCAGCUUUUCACCCUGGGGGCCUCGGAGCACAGCCCACUCAAGACCCCCUACUUUGAUGCUGGUGUCUCAUGUGCCGAGCAGGAAAUGCCUCGAUACCAUGAGCUGCCCACCUUGGAAGAGCGGUCAGGGCCCCUGAUCCUUGGGGCCACAAGCCUGGGGUCCCCCAUCCUGGUGCCCCCAGGGCCGCCUGCUGUGGAGAGGGUCUCCCUGGAUCUAGAGGACGAGGAGGAGGAGGAAGACUACAUGGACAAGAUCAACCCCAUCUAUGACGCCCUGUCCUACUCCAGCCCCCCCGAGGCCUACCAGGGCAAAGGCUUUGUCAUGUCCCGGGCCAUGUAUGUGUGAGCCACCAUGGCCUUGCCCUUUCACCUCUCAUUUUCUGAUAUCUUAACUUUCUGUCAGGGAUCUAGGGCCCCUGACCUCGGGCCCAGCCACUGUCAGUUAGCACACAUGCAUCUCAUCAUCACCAUCUAUCUUGGUGGCUCCACUGUGACCUCUAAUCAAUGAUCUCUGAUUCAGAGAAACUGGCCAUGACGAUGGAAACCUAAUAAGCUUAGGAGGGGCUGGAGAAGGUAGAUUUCUGCACACACUCUUACCCAAGGACUCACCAGACAUAGAUUAUACCUCUCACGACCCACCAUCUCCAGACUCCUCCCCAAUCCCAAAGAAGACCCCAGACCUGAUAUUUCCCCAGGCAGUAACUCCUAAUAGAUCUGCUGGGGUGGGUGUUGGGGACAUUCUGCUGCUCAGACCUGAGCCCUCCAGGCGGCAGAACCUCUGUCACCCAUUCCCCUCCCUGUCCCCUAAAGGUGGAGGGAGGGGAUUCCCCAGCCCAAAGCAGAACUUCCCCAUCUCCUCCCUCCUGCAGGCAGGAGUCUCAGGGUACUGACCCUUCUUCCCUGUGCCCCCACUACCCCAAUUCCUGUCUCCAGAGAAUUAAGCCCCAGCUCAGGGCUACAUGGGGUGAGCCUCAUGCAGAGUGUGCCUUGCUGAUGCCAACCUUGGAAGAAGAA